AAUCGGCGUCGCCAAUCGGACGAUAACACACGAAGCGUGCGUGCAAUCGCAUAAACAACUCUUAAUAAUCUUAAUUUUAACUAUUAAACACUGUCGGCUGUGUAAUAUUGUAGCAAGAAACCAAACCCAAAGAUGUUGUCGCGUUCCCCCCACGAGAGACGCUAUUUGCCUAGCAAAUACGACAGAAGUAGCUUCAAGCGGUCAGCGUCCUUCUCGCCGGCGACUACUCCUUCAUCCGGACACAAGGACCGACGGUCGGACGGGAGUUACUAUGAAAGUCGUCACCAUCAGAACUCGGGCUCGCGUCGCCGCUCUCGUUCCCGUUCCCGUUCCCGCUCCCGUUCGCGCUCGCAGUUCCAGUCAUCGGCUCCGGUUGCUCGCCAUUAUUCCGGACGCACAUCCCGCGACCGCGAGCGGAUGUACGAGGCUCGCGAUCGCCCCCAGGCCAGCCGUUGCAUUGGAGUCUUCGGACUGAAUACCAAUACCACGCAGCACAAGGUACGCGAGCUGUUCAACAAGUUUGGACCUAUCGAGCGCAUCCAGAUGGUCAUCGAUGCUCACACUCAACGUUCGCGUGGCUUUUGCUUCAUUUACUUUGAAAAUCUCAAAGAUGCCAAGGUGGCCAAGGACGCCUGUUCCGGCAUAGAUGUGGAUGGUCGUCGCAUUCGCGUUGACUACUCGAUAACCCAGCGUGCCCACACUCCCACUCCGGGCGUCUACAUGGGCCGUCCAUCCCGCGGCCAGCGACGCCGCGAUCGUGAUCGCACAGCCUCACCGAAUGACAACUAUCGUCAGCGAAACACUUACCACAGCGAUCGCCAUACCCGCGGCUCCCGCAAGAGCCACAGUCGCUCUCGCUACGUGCGUAGCCGUUCACGUUCCCGUUCUCGUUCUCAUCCUUACCGUCGCAUGACAUCGCGCUAUUAGCUGGCUACUUCCUAAACUCAGGCGCUGAUCUCGGCCCAGCUGGAUUGCGUCGGGAGAAAGACCUGCACAGGAGCAUACGACUGAUAGACUGUAUCCCAUCUCACUCUUAGGCUAUUUUUAACUAUGUAUUGCGUUGACCAUUAUCGUUGCUGCUGUACAAAAGAAAAGUUUGUACUCGUCAGAUAGGAAUUACCAUCUUUACAUUCAGAUGCCCGCCCCCCGGCGUGUGCGGCCCGACUACUUACCCCUUCAAUGUUACCACUACCGUUGGCGGCCGCACAUAUUGUGAUAUGAAUUUUAAAAGGAAAAGCAGCAGAUAUGAUAAUGAUAAUAUAACUAAAUUAAAAUUAAUUAUACACAACUGUGCAGCGAGUACAAAAUAAAAUAUAAUAAUCCAUUUGAUGACAACCACGGGAAGUUGUUGGUAA